UGCUGCUGUGCGGUAACGGGUACGUGAGCCUAUUGGCUUUAUAGCUGGAGCUUCCAGUCCAAAUAACAGGGAGUUGGAAGUCCCCGACAUGCCAACCAGCGCUCUGUGAGAUUACAGUCCGAACAACGAGCCUCAGACGAGCACCACCAGCAGCAGACAUGGACUUUUCUGGCACCUGGAAGGUGUAUUCUGAGGAAAACCUUGAGGAGUUCCUGAAGGAAGUUGGUGCACCUGCAAUGCUUGUGAAAAUGCGCAAGGAAGUGAAACCAGUAAUGGUGAUCGAGCAGAAUGGGAAAGACUUCACCUUCACAAUUAAGUCUCCAGUCUUCACUAAAGUCCACUCAUUCAGCAUCGGAAAAGAGACGGAGAUGACAGCAGUAGAUGGCAGAAAGAUUAAAUGCACUGUGCGAGAGGAGGAUGGGAAACUGAUCGCUGAGAACGAGAAGUUUACUUCUGUCCGAGAGAUCCAAGGUGAAGACAUGGUUGAGACGAUCACUGCUGGUUCUGUAACCUUCAUCAGCAAAAGUAGAAGGCUGUGAUCGACCCCUGGUUCCUUUUAAAAGGAAAAGUUUGUUUCAAAAUACAGAUGAUGUUUAAAUAUAAUAAAUGACUUAAAAACGUGUGUUUUUAAUUCGCUAAAAAAAGAAUUGA